AUGAAUCGCGUUUUGGUAGUUCUCGUUAUUGGUACUUCAUCUGCCGUUGUCUUUGGAUCUCAGUUCAAAAUGACAUCACGGUUUGAUCAGCUAAAAGGUUUUCGCCUGGUAAACACCGCAAUCGAAAAUCACGCGGUAAGUUUUCCAGCUGAGUGUAUCAUGAAGUGUUCAGAGAACAAACUUUGCCAGUCCCUUAACUUCCAACUUGGAAACAGUGGAGUCAAUUGUUUCCUUAGCAACAAAACAAGGCGAUCAGCACCAGCAGAGGACUUCAAAUCGACCCCUGGAUACACGUAUUAUGAAAAGGAUCUGUGUGAGCCGAAUCCUUGCUUGUUUGGUACUUGCCUCAAGGAUAAUAGCAAGGAGGGAUUCMUGUGUMGUUGCGCGCCUGGUUACAGAGGAUCGCUUUGUCAAACAGGUAGCCCCCAGUCACUAGGGUCAAUACCUUAUGCAACCCUUGACCUAAUCCUAUCUAACCAUAAUUAUAUACCUACUAAAUAA